GUGUCCGGGUGGUGGAUUACCUGCUGGAGCUCAGACAGCUGCCUGCCCUUCUGUCUGCUUACCAGAGGUCUCUGUCCCACCAGGUGCCCAUGGAUUGGACGAUGAGGCUGGCCACAGCAGCCCUGUUGCUGGGUCUCGUGGUGGUGGUCACUGGACACUGGACACUGGAAGAAAAUGACCCAUGUGUCUACGAAGCCCUGUCGGACCAAGACGCUAUCCUGUGCAAGGGCCUUGAAGUUUUCUACCCAGAGUUGGGGAACGUUGGCUGCAUGUUUAUUCCUGACUGCAACAACUACAGAAAGAAGAUCACCCGCUGGACAGAGCCGAUAGUCAAGUUCCCCGGGGCCUCGAAUGUGAGUGAGCAGGGCUGGCCUGAAG